CCAGGAUGGUCUGUAGACGAUGAAGAUGGCGAAACUAGAGACUUGCCGCGCUGCUUCUUAAUAGUGAACUUUCAUGACGUUGAGCAGCCCAUGCUCCUUCCAGAUUCGUUCUCGGAACCAAUGCACUUGGCUUGGCCUGUUCAACCAUGGAUGCGAUAGUUAGUUGCUUUCCUUUGUUCCCACGUCAAAGAUUGCAUGGUAUUCCGCGGGAUCGCCAUCCGCCGGUCGGGCCCAAUCCGUGUGCUGUCCUUUUGGCUGCUUCGGAACAUCCAGUCGGGGCACCACUUGUGCCACACGGACCUUCGUGACUUCCCCGCCCGGGUAGGUAUGUUUGUGACAUCCAUCUGCAUCGCUCUAGCCACGUUGGACCUUUUAGGUGAUCGGAUUGCACAUCAACGACGGUUCAAGAUAAUAUCGAGCCGACGGAGCUUGCCACAACAACAACCCUUUUGAAUUUACCCACCACUUCUCGACUCCAACCCCGCGCGCGAACCAUGACAAUCACGGAAGCAGAUCUGGUGCUGAGCGGCACACCUAGUCCCGGAGUUCUAGUCCUGCAGUUGAAUCGGCCAGACAAGAGGAAUGCUCUUUCGCAGAGUCUUAUCAAUCAAUUGCUGGGCAAACUUCGUGAUGCAUCGGUAGACGAAACGGUCAAGGCGGUCGUGGUGACAGGCAGUGCGACUUUCUUUUGCGCUGGUGCCGAUAUCAAGGAGAUAUCGGCUCUUGACGGAGAGGGCGCGAGAAAGUGCAGGUAUCUCGAGGAUCUGUGCCAUGGAUUUUCGUCGUUUAGGAAACCCAUUUUUGCUGCCGUGGAAGGGAUGGCUCUCGGCGGGGGGUUCGAAGUUGCUCUCGCUUGCGAUCUGAUCUUUGCUUCUGAAAGCGCAAAUUUUGGGCUCCCAGAGGUUAAGAUCGGCUUGAUUCCAGGGGCCGGUGGCACCCAACGCUUGACAAACUCCAUGGGAAAGUACCUGGCGAUGCGCAUGAUAUUGUUUGGAGCAACAAUCACGAGCCAAGAAGCACUCCAUCACGGCUUGGUCGCAGAGAUCUUCCCUGCUGGAUCGGUGCUGGAGGGCGCCGUUGCCAAGGCCGCACAGGUUGCUGGCCUCAGCUCCACGGCGGUGCAAUUGGCCAAAGAGGCCAUCUGCCGGAGCGAUAACCUGGGCAGGGACGACGAGUUCGAGCGAAGUUUGUACUAUUUCUCGUACGGGACGGCGCACAAGCGGGAGGGCAUUGCUGCCUUUCUUGAGAAGCGCGCCCCUGACUGGCGUGAGGCCCCUCAGGGUUCACCCUAGACGGCUGCUGUGUACUGGUUGAAAUGUGUGUAUUGCAUCAGGCAUGUAAUAUGGAUGGAAUUUGACGAAUGCUCAUGGGUGGUGUUUUUUUUUUUUUUUUUUUUUUCUCUCAGGGCCGCCAAGGAUCGAGGGCUGAGAGAGUCGGUGCUCCCCCGUCUGUCGGCCUGCUGUAGUCAGGUUUGACUUUGUUUAGUCAUCAUCAGGUUGGAGAACAAUGA